AAUAUCCUCUUUUCAGCUUCCUUCUUUUUACUCUUUGAGAGCAACUCUAGCCCAGCAUGCAAAUUGGACCUCUAUUUUUUCCAUUUGCAUGCUGGCCUGCAAAAAAUAGGGACCCAAAUUCUACAUUAACUCCAGCCCAACACCCAAAAUGCAAAUCAUCGUCGGUCCUCUCCUGCCCCCGCCGCCGCGGCGGCGCUCCGUCCAUCUCUCUCUCGCGCGCGCUUGGCCUGAGGAGGCUCUCGGAGCUGCUUCAGGAGCAGCAGGAACCGCCAGGGCAAGGCGGCCCCGGCGCGGCCGUGGCUCGAGCGGGAGCGGGGCAGCAGCAGCAGCUGGAGGAGCAGGAGGAGGAACAGGCUGCUGCCCCGCCGCCGCGUGCCGGCGGCUGCUCAGGCUCUGCAACCACAGGUUCACGAAGAGGAGCUCGCCGGGCGGCGUCGGGAUCGGCCUCAGGUCGGCACUAAGCAAGGUGCUGGGCAGCAGGGCCAUGCGCCGCGUGCUGCGCUGGGACGACCUCGGCGGGGCGGCGGCGGCGGCUUCUCCGGCGCCAGCGCCUGCGGCGCCCGCGAGUUCCGCCGCCUGCGUCGCCGCUGCCUCGGGGACAGCAGCGAGUGCGAGGCGCUAG